AUGCUUUUGGGUGUGGGGCAGUCAACCUUGCAGAAUCUCCGUCAAGGUUUGCCGACAGGAACUCAGAAGCAAAGGCUGCCCAAAGCGGACAAGCACCCUCUCCUGGAGGUCUCAAUGUCCCAUAGACCCAAUGUCAAGUGGGCUGGGGUUUUGAUGUUCCUUUGGCUGGUCUACCAUUCGGAGGCAGAGUAUUUGCCAACGCACUUUCGGGCAGGAUGUGGUUCGAAUAAGUUGUCGGAGGAAGCUUUUCCGGAUCCGGUCGAUGACGACCAGUCUUUGCGCGCCGUCGAGUCGUUCAUGAAAAGUCUUCACAAACAUUAUGCAGACGUGGAAGAGCACAUGAUCGGACCUGGCUCAUUUAAAGGAGCUCGGAAGGUUUUGCCUCAUGGCAGUCGAACAGAGCUUUUCUGGAGUUACCGCGCGUGGGCAGCCGGGAGGGAGGAAGGGGCUGCUGCUUCCUUCAACACAUUCCUUCGUGUAGCGAACAAAGUGCUUCGACUUGGUGAGAAAGAUGGUGUGCUGAAGUUCAGAAAGCAAAACGAGCAUGGAGCUUGUGAUGUUUGUACUGGCCUGAAGACAAACAUCAGAAAAACAGUGCGGCAGUUUGGUGUUCACAGCACCGAGUGUGAGACUGCGCAGCGGGCGUACACCCGGCAUUUGCUGAAUCAAUGGCUCGACAGGCAAGUCUAUUGGUCCAUGAGAUCGCUGAGCCAGGCUUGGUUUAAGCAAUCCAUCGAAUUUGGGCACCGAGCUCUGAUUUCCUCUGUGGCUACAGCUGCGGUGACUGUGAUCCAAGACGGCAUGGACCAGUCAAAAUUCAAGGUUCCGAGAACAAGGAUGGCGCCAAGCAAGCUUUUCCAGAGACUGUUUCGGCCGACUUUGCACGUUGCAGCUUCUUGGCUACAUGGCCGUGCAAUCUACAUCUACGUAGCUGACGAAGAUACCAAGAAGGAUGGCUCUGCUCAGCUGGAAAUGCUGUCGCGAACCUUGAAUUCUAUUGCAGACAAUAUGCCAAUGGGACUGUUUGCAUUGCGCGAAGAUUUGAGCCCCGCAUCCUUUGGGCAGUGCAGGGUUGAAGAGAUUUCUGGGUCAGCACCUUCCGGAAAAGAUGUUUUGCUUCUGGCGAAGCGAUGGAUGUCGGACCCAGAGCCCUUUCGUGUGGUCUGUUUGAUGCCAGCAGCCACUUGUGGUGUGCUCCGUGCGUCUUUUGCACAACCCGGCGGUGUCGAGGAUCGUCGACCCAUUGCACCCAAAGUUCAGAAAAACAUAUGCCGGCUCAGCCACGAGUGCAUGAGACAAGGAGACAUCUCCGCCGAUGCGUGUGCAUACCUGACGCAGUGGUGUAGCGGUGAGCUCGCUCGCAAACCCAGGCCCUGCAGGUAUCCGUUUCUGGAGGUCCGGCGUGGUGAUGUUCCAGCUGCCGAGCGGGUCAUUUGGGCAGGCGCAGGCCGCGACCGCCAUAUCAAUCUCAAGCGGGACGAUCAGGACAGGAUCCUAGGGACCGAUGCAGAUGACAAGCCCAAGUUGUCAGAGGAGGAUGAUCGUCUUCUCUUGUGUUCGGACGAAGAGCAGGACGUUCUUGGUGGUCCCGACGCCGUUGAUGAGUGGGCGCACGCCCUCAUUGACAGCGACCUGGGCAGGAUGGUCCUACAGAGCGUGCAAGACUUCGAGGAUGACAAGCUGCUGAUUGCAAGCAUUUGCAGCGGUUGGGGUGUGGCAUUCCCCGGGAUCCCCAUCUUCGACAACAUGAUGGACUUGUGGCGCAAGUCAGCCCGCAACUCUGUGUCUGGCGAGAUCGAAAGCGUUUGCGAAGUGCACGGCGCAAUUUGCGGAUACCCGUGCAAGUCUGUGUCAGGGCAGAACUGCGAUCAAAAAAGCAUUCGAGAUGCCAAGAGCACCUCGGGCGCAGGCUUCCGCAGCCUCAUGAAGAUGGUUGACUCGCAGCCUGCUUUACAGUGGGUUCUCUUCGAGAACGUGGCAAGGUUUACCCAGAGCCGAGGCCAAUUCGGUGGAGAGCAACCUUCACAGAUCCAGGCAGCAGAAUUGAAGAAACGUGGCUUCAUCAGUUUCGAUUUCGUGUUGAAUGCAUUGGACUACGGUCUCCGGCAGUCUCGCUCCCGAGCUUGGCUUCUGUAUGUUCGACAAGAUGCUUUGAAAGUGAACUUCACCAUCCAGGACAUGACUCGCCUUAUGAAAAUGUGGCAACAGGAUCUGUUGCCUAUGAAGGCUUUUGUUCACGAGGGCAUUUGCCCGAGGGAAACGAGGCGGAAGGGCGGACAGCAGGGAGCAACUCUCAAGUGGGUGGCUGCCUUCGAGGAGAUCAAGAAGAAUUAUGGCCAGGACCGAGUUCGCAAGUGCCAGCAGAAGCUGACCGAGCUCGGUUUACCAUCGAUCUUAGUUGAGCGCGAGGUCGCAGUCAUGGUUCUUGCCAUCCUUCAGAUGGAAGAUGCAGGCUAUGAAGUCUGGAAUCCGCCAGAUCCACCAGGCUUCUUUUUCAUCCAAGUUGACCAGAGUUUCGACCGGCAUCUUUGGAACCGAAGCCGGGGCAUUUGCCCUUGCCUCAUCCCUCGGGGCAAAUACGUGGUUUGUGGCCCCGGCGCUUGGCGCAUCCUCACGGCUGAGGAGAAGGCUUCCAUGCAGGGUGUGAGCCGUGCUGACUUAGCCCGCUACAAGAUGAGUGUGCUUUCGGAGAACCAGCUCUCGGAUUUGGUUUACGGUGCCGAUGUGUAUGUCAUCCUUGGCAUGCGUGUUGGCCUCCUGGAAGCCAGCGAAGUUGAAGAAGUGAUUUGCUGGCACUGA